AUGGCGCACACCUUCUACGACGGAACCAUCCCGGUAGUCCAAUCCAUCCUCACAACCCUAUCCCACAUCCUACAGCAAGCCUCGCAACAGCCCAAUGCCGCCGCCCUCCUCUCCGCCCGUCUCCACGAGGACAUGUACCCUCUAACCGACCAAGUGCGCAUCACGACCCAGUUCGCCGCGAACCUGGUCGCCAGACUGACCGGCCAGUCGCCGGUGUCGUUCGACGGCUGUCCCGCGACAUAUGCCGAGUGCCACGGGCGCAUUGAGACGGUGCUGAAGGCGCUCCAGCAGGCCGAUAAGGACGUCGUCAACCGGCACGCCGACGUCGUGGCGUCCACUCCCAUGGGCCCCGAGAAGGCGGUCGACAUGCCCGCCGCCGCGUAUGCUCAUACCGUUGCCUUGCCCAAUAUCUAUUUCCAUCUUACGACUGCGUAUGCCAUCCUGAGGAAGGAGGGCGUGCCGCUGGGGAAGCGGGAUUAUUAUGUGGGGUUUUUCCCGGGGGUUAGAGGGUGA